AUGGUAUAUGACUGGACAUCUAUCACUCCUUCUCAUGAUCUAAAUUGGAUACCUUGCUUCGACAAUUUCACAUGCACGCGACUUAAAGUUCCUUUGGACUACGGCGAUACCUCAAGAGGAACCACAGCAAUUGCCUUUGUCAAAUUCGCAGCUCCCAAUACCACAGAAUAUACUCAAAAUGUGUUGAUUAACCAAGGAGGUCCUGGAGGCUCGGGAGUGGAGUUAGUCCUUACAGCUGGUCCAACAUUAUCCGAAGCAUUGGGCUCACGGCAUAAUAUCGUCGGCUUUGAUCCCCGUGGCGUUGGCGAAAGUGGUCCCGUUAUAGACUGCUGGCCUCAUCACCCGGAAGAAAGAGCCCAGUUCGAAAAGCUUUUUUAUCCGGACGUCUCCUUCGCUUCUUCAACAUCGCUGAGCACUCAGUACUAUGCGGCCGAGAUCUUUGGUAAUGCGUGCACAUCGAGUGUCGGAGGACCAAAUGGAAGCGCGUCAUUUCUCAGUACACCUGCUGUAGCUCACGACUUGUUCACAUACAUCAAGGCGGAGCAAGUGUUAGCUCAAAAGCCAGUGGAAGAAGCUAAGAUUUCGUAUCUUGCCGUGAGCUAUGGCACGGUGCUAGGGGUCACUUUCGCAUCACUUUACCCCGAUAAUGUGGGGAAGAUGGUACUUGACGGUGUGGUGGAUGCUUCAGACUAUUACAACCUAGGUUGGAGCUCUAAUCUUUAUGACACGAGCAAAGCACUAGAUUCGUUCUGCAAAUACUGCUAUCGAGGUGGAGCAUCUAAUUGUUCAUUCUGGGGUCCAUCCGCGAAGAACAUUAGCAGCCGCCUCGACCUCCUCCUGGCCGGGUUGAAAAACCACCCAAUCCCUAUUCCAACCUCACAGGGCUGUGGAAUUCCAUUGAUGGCAACGUAUUCAGAUUUGAAGGAGUACGUUUUGUCAGCUAUGUACACUCCUUUGUCCCAGUUUCCCGAAUUGGCAGACGUUCUAUCAGGAUUGGAACAAGGCAACAUUUCCGCGUACGUGAGCGCAGUAACGGACGGUAAUUUACCUGCGAAUCCUUGUAACGACGGAAGUGGGAAGAAUGGGACGACUGAUGUCAACACACUGAUAAAGUGUAUAGAUGGGUACGCGGGGAAUCAAUUCGAGGACUUGAGCCAGUAUCGAAAUUAUGUCGAUAAUUUGACUGCACAAAGUUCCUUCUUUGGGGAAGUGUGGCCCAACAAUGCGGGCACUGUCAUGUGUAGGUCUUUUAAUGGUACUCCACCUAGCAGUGGAAGACUGCCAGGUAUGUGGAAUGCUUUGAAUAGAACCGCAUUUCCAAUUAUUUUCGUCACUCCCGAGAUCGACCCUGUCGCUCCCAAAAGAGGAGCAUACAAGAUGUCAUCAGUGUUUCCUGGCUCCGUAGUACUGGUUCAAGCCUCGGUUGGACACACUGCCAUUGCCAGCCCAUCUUCAUGCUUACUGGAAAAUGUCAAGAGGUAUUUUGAUGGCCAGGUCCCUGCCGAGAACACAACCUGCAAACCUGAUGUACUCCCAUUUCAAGGGACUCCAUUAUUGAGCUUUAUGUAG